CUCUAGCUCAAGAACACGACAAACUUUAAGAUAUCUCAGGAUCAUCACAGGUUUUUCACCACAGUGCAAUUCAGCAGAAGACCUGAGUUUGAGGCAGAAUCUCUGAACUAAUGUGAAACAAAAGGAGGAACUGUUAGUUUUCAAGAGAACACCCUACAGCUUUUACACAACAAUAAAAUUCAGCGGAAGACUUGAAAGUUGAUGUUUGUGAAGAUUGAAAAUGGCAAACUUCACAUUCACAUCCAGAACGAGUGGUCUUGUUGAAUACAUGUGUGAUACUAAUGUUCCCACCAUCACUGGUCCCCUUUUCAUCUUGAUCUUCAUCCUCAGUAUCAUAGGCAACAGCCUCCUCUUAUGUGUUGUCUUCAUCUACGAAAAUCUGAAAAGUAUCACAAAUAUUUUCAUCCUGAACCUGGCCUGCUCUGAUUUAAUCUUCACCAUCACACUUCCAUUCUGGGCUGUUGAUCACCUACACAACUGGGUCUUUGGGGACUUUGUCUGCAAAGUUAUCACUGCUGGAUUCGCUGUUGGUUUGUACAGCAGUGUCAUUCUGCUGACUGCUAUGACAGUGGAUCGUUUCAUUACUGUGGUGCUGCACAACUGGCCGAUCAGCCAUGGCAGAGUGAAGAAGUGUGCAAUUGGUACCUGUAUAGCUGCCUGGGUCAUCAGCAUCUUAGCGUCCCUGAGUGAUGCAAUGAAAGUAAAGGUUGAAAGCUGGGAAGGUAAAAACUAUUGCUAUGAUGAAUCUGAAGACACGCUUGGACAGUAUCUACAAGUGUCACUGCUAUUCUUCCUCCCAUUUGCCAUCAUUAUUUUCUGCUACUCUGCCAUCCUCAAGACAGUUUUGCAAGGUUUAAACAGAAGGAAGUUCAGGACUGUGGCUGUGCUGUUGUGUAUUGUUGCAGCCUUUUUCAUUUGCUGGGGGCCAUACCAUAUUAUGCUUUUAAUCAAGUCUCUCAAUACAAACAAUGAUUGUAAGGUACUGAAACGGUUAGCAGUUGCCUACCAUAUCUGUGAAAUGCUUGCCUAUUCUCACUGCUGUAUGAACCCUCUGCUAUAUAUGCUCUCGCAGAAGUUGCGAAAGCAUCUGUUGAGUCUUUUGCGCUGUGAAAAAGUGAACAGGAAGAAGAGAGAGAGAAGCACCAGCCUGAACAUUUCACAACAAUUCACACUGCAGAGCUCUGCUGUUUAGAUGGAACUGCACAACUAUCCAUUUAACAGUCACUAAUAAAAUUAAACCUUGAUUCAGGCUGAUACAGUCAUAGUACUUUGAUGUGUAAGUGUAUUAACUCAUUCAUUGAGGCAAACAGAGAGCAGCAUUUAGAGUGUCAUGGACUGUAAAAGUAACGAUAUCUGGUGUAUUUUUCCUUUUACCUUCAGGCUGGAAAUAUGUUCAUACAACAUCGUUUCUACUCAUUUAAUUUCAUAUCUUUUGCAUAAUUCCUUGAAAUGAAACAGAAUAUUAAAUAAAACUUGAAAAUAUGCAAUGAAUUAUACAACUUUGUAUUUAAAAUAUUUGAUGUGACUUUUUCAUUGUGUCACAGUGAUCCUGGUAGACUCAUUUCAUAUUUCAUUUCUAAAUCUUCUUUAAAAAAUUGCAUUUAAUCUUCUGAUUUUUAUUCCAUUCACCUUUUCUAAUAUAUUUUAUUUAUUUAAACCUCCUAAGGUCCAACAAUAAAUU